AUGAUGCCGACAACUUCACAAUCGCUUGGCUGCGCACUGCUGCUCACGGCAACGCUGUCCACCGCUUUCCCCAUCUACACGUUCAACCCCGACACCUUGCUUCUCGCGCGGUCCGACAACAGUACCUCUCUGGAUCAAUGUCUCUCCACCACGGGCGGCGAGUUGUCGUACAGCACUUCAUCGAACUACACCGCGCUCUCGUCGUCGUACAAUCCGCUGUUCGACUACAAGCCACUGGUCAUCGUUGAGCCCGGCACGUCGGACCAAGUGGCGGCGAUUGUCAAAUGCGUCUCGGCCCAAAACGGGUCGCAGAAACUCACACCAAAGUCGGGCGGCCAUUCAUACACAGCUUACUCGCUCGGUGGACACGAUGGUUCGGUAGUGAUCGAUCUGCGUCAACUGGACCAUGUCUCGGUAGACCGUGACGCUAAGACGGCUUCGGUGGGCGCGGGUGUGCGCCUCGGCUCGCUGGCACAACAGAUUUGGGAUCAGGGUAACUUUGCGUUGCCUCACGGAACGUGCCCCUACGUCGGGGUGAGCGGGCAUGCGCUCGGUGGGGGUUUUGGUUACGCAACCCGAGCUUGGGGCUUCCUGCUCGACCGAAUUGUCGAGAUGCAAUUCGUCGACAUCAACGGCACUCUUCGAAGCGUCACCCACAAUUCCGAACACGAUCUCUGGUGGGCACUUCGAGGUGCAGGUUCCAACAAUUUCGGCAUUGUGACCCAGUUCACAUUUAGCCUCCAGGACGCUCCGACGCAGAUCCAAAACUAUGCUUACAGCUACAAGACGAACGAGGAUUGCGCAAAGGCGAUUGUGGCGUUGCAAGAGAUGACCUUGUCUACAGACACGGCUUCGGGGUUCGAGCCAAACUUUGGCGGCGAGCUGUUGGUUGUUGGUGAACGAGGCAGUGAUUCCAAUGGCAAUGCGUGCCAGUUGAGCGGUCAACACCUAUUGGCGAGUAGGCAAGAGCACGAUGCACUGAUGCACAGUUUCCACAGCAAAGCGCGUAUCGCUCCGGCGCAAACGUCGGUGAAAGAAUUCACGUCGUGGAUCGAGUCGCUCGAGUCGAUCAUGGGUUCGCUCGACGUUUCUUCACCCAACACGGAUCACGAGCAGUUCUACGCGAAAUCGCUCGUGCAACCAUCCACAUGCACGUACGAUUACGAAUCGGCGCUCGCGCUCGUCACAAAGCUCGACGCUUACGCUGGUCUGCAAGGCACAGGCAACUCGAUCAGCUUUGACUUCCUAGGCCCACUCUCGUACCCAGCAUCCCAAUCCGGGACCGCCAGCUUCAAUGCACACAACGCGAGCUUUGUCAACCAGUUCUACAGCUACGGCUUCCCAAGCAAUCACCAACCAGACGCGCAGAAUCAAGUAUACAACGCUUUCGACGAUCUCGUGCAGACCGCCAAAAACAGCAGUCCUGACGCCAAAUGGGGCGCAUACGUCAACUAUGUCGAUGCGAGACUACACGAUUGGCCCGAACAGUACUACGGAAAUGCACUGGCUAGGCUCAAGAACUUGAAGACAAAGUGGGAUCCUAACGACGUGUUUUGGUUCCCGCAGGGAUUGGCUAGUGCGUGA